UGCGCCAAGCCACUACUCCAGGGCGAGUUCGAGAACGUCAGCCCCGGCGACUGCGAGGUUCUGCCCAAGGGCGGCAAUGUGUGCCGUGCGUGCCUGUGCACGCUAUGUGGUGUGUACGUAGGAAAGCACGCAUACAUUAAGCGUAAGGGUGCGCGAUACUGUAGGGCGUGUGUGUGCACUGGCUGCAAGACGGGGCUUACAGAGGCGAAGCUGUAUGUGGGGGAGGGCCAGGCAGGACUGAGUGACGACACCAG